AUGACAACUAAUGUAUCAUCCUCCAUAGAUAGGCUUACUGCCGGAGUAGAUACAUUGCCAAACAUAUCACAGAUUAGGUAUCCCAAACAUGGGCCAGAAGACCCUUCGUGCAUGAGAUGCGCUGACGAUUUGGAAGGCGAACGUUGUCCGAAACGGGGAAUCAUUGUGUGUGAAGUGUGCGGCAAAAGUUUUAAACAAAAGUCUACAUUAAAAAGGCAAAUCGCUGCCGUCCACAAAGAACUGCGAAACUACGUCUGUGAAGUCUGCGGCCAAGACUUCACACGGAAGACAACCAUGAAUAAACACAUUGACGUUAUCCACAAGGGGCGGCGAGACUUUGUGUGUGACGUGUGUGGCAGAACCUUUGCUGGGAAGUCAAACCCGAAUCGGCAUAUGGACCUGGUCCACACGGAACUGCGACCCUUUGUGUGUGAGGUAUGCGGCGAAGAUUUCAAACAGAAGAAAGUCCUGAAUGAGCACAUUGAUGCCGUCCACAAGGAAUAA